UAAGGAACCCAGAUAAGCUCAACUGAUUAACGAAACCACACACUACUUGCGGCAGUAAGUAACACACUCCAGUCCCGCAAAGCCACUUGUCACUUGUGCAAAAUGUCAAACACAACAGAGAUGUUCCAAAAGGAAAUCGACGACCUAAAGUUCGACUUCAUAGUCAGCGUGAGUGUCAUCGGAGCCGCUUGCAUUUUCCUCCUGAUCUGCGUCUUCGGACUCCUGAUAUGGAACGCCCACCUCACCAAAAAAAUAAAAAAUCUCGACCCUUUCGUCAACUUUAAACUACAGAGGCCUAAAUUAAUUAACGCGGAGACGCCGAGCCCCACCGAGCCCCCCAAGAACGUCUACGACAACUCCCCCUACCCCAAAAACCCGAUGAGCCAGCCAGCUGAAAGGCGGGAUCUGAAUCCCAUUGCAAUCCGAAGCAAAGCUAGUUUCGAUAAUGGGAAUUUUAUCUUCGGUGAACCCAACAACUUAUCUUCGAAUUCGUUCAAAAAUCCAGAUUAUUUGGAUCAGGAUAGUCGGUUUUAUUAAAUCUGGACUUUAUCUCGUGUUAACACUACAUAAACCUCAGCUUUAACUCAUUUAUUUAUUUUUCUAGUUUUAGUUAUUGUUAAUUAUUAAUAUAGGUGUAUAUUUUUUA